UUGGCGUCGUCCCCCUGCCGAGAGAGUGAGAGCGAUGGUGAGCGGCGGCCGGCUCCGCGGUGACACGCACACAGUGAGCGCCGCCGGCAUGGACAGCCUCGUCGGGCCACUUGUUGCCCAGUAUCUCUCGAUGGGCUACCAGUCGAAGGAGAACAGCCAGUGCGGCAAUGGAAACGGGACCGGGGGAUUAAGCGGCAAGGAAAAUAACCGGCUCUCUCCAGCAUGUGCCUCGGCGUCCAGGGGCUCACCCCGCCAGCGGCCUAAGUUCCACGACAGGCCGAACCUGGCCCAGAUCACCCAGGUGAAGGUGAUGAUGUCCCUGGGACAGUUCACCAAGGGGGCCAGCUGGGAGGAGCUGCUCCAGGCCUGCAUCCAGUCAUUCGAUGCAGAGGGAAGCCUGUGCCGAAGCAGUCACCUGCUACACAUCACCCUCACCAUGCACCGGCUCCUCAUGUCCUCCAGCGAGCUCCUGGAGAAGCUCAUCCUGCUUUUCAAGAAUGCCCUGGAAAAUAAGAGCCCUACAGACUGCCAGAAAAUCUGCUACUUCAUCAGGUACUGGAUAAGGGAGUUUUGGACAAUGUUCAGGUUACACAACAGCCUCGCGGACUCCUUAGAGCACUUCCAGGCACUGAUGAGGGAACGCGGGCAGGAGAGACUGUGCCCCCUACUGGAGACAAAGUGGAUAGCUGAGAGAGACUGGUCCUGGAAGGCCAGCCAAAAGAUCAAGGCCAACAGCAGCAAGAAGAGGAAGGUAUCGCUGCUCUUCGACCAUCUGGAACCUGAGGAGCUGGCCGAACACCUGACCUACCUGGAGUUCAAAUCCUUCUGCAGGAUUUCAUUCGCAGACUACCAGAACUACAUCCGCAGCGGCUGCAUGAAGGACAACCCCAUGAUGGAGCGAUCAAUCGCUCUGUGCAACGGCAUCUCCCAGUGGGUCCAGCUCAUGGUUCUGAGCCGGCCCACAGCCCAGCUCCGGGCCGAAGUCUUCAGCAAGUUCAUCCACGUGGCUCAGAAGCUCCUUAUGAUGCACAACUUCAACACACUAAUGGCCGUGGUGGGAGGUGUGUGUCACAGCUCUAUCUCGCGGCUAAAGGAGACCAGCUCCCAUGUGUCCGGCGAGGUCACCAAGGUGCUGAACGAAAUGACAGAGCUACUGUCCUCCUAUCGUAACUAUGACAAUUACCGACAGGCCUACGCCAAAUGCACAGGGUGUAAAAUACCCAUUCUUGGAGUCCACCUCAAAGACCUCAUCUCUGUCAACGAAGCCAUGUCUGACUAUGUGGAGGACAGCAAGGUUAACGUACAGAAGCUGCAGGCCCUCUACAACCACAUCAAUGAGCUGAUCCAACUGCAGCAGAACCCCCCACGCUUGGAUGCUAACAAAGACCUGGUUCAUCUACUGACGUUGUCUCUGGACCUGUAUUACACCGAGGAUGAUAUCUACGAGCUGUCCUACGCACGGGAGCCCAAAAACUGUAAGGCGCCGCCAGCCACCCCGUCUCGACCUCCCGUCGUGGUGGACUGGGCCUCGGGCGUAGCCCCCAAACCGGACCCCAGGACCAUCAGCAAGCACGUGCAGAGGAUGGUGGAUUCGGUGUUUAAAAACUACGACCACGACGAGAACGGCUACAUCUCCCAGGAAGAAUUUGAGAAGAUAGCGGCCAGUUUUCCCUUCUCCUUCUGCGUCAUGGACAAAGAGAAGGAGGGUCUCAUCAGCAGGGACGAAAUCACAGCCUACUUCAUGCGAGCCAGCGUCAUCUGCUCCAAACUGGGUGUUGGCUUCGUCCACAACUUCCAGGAGACCACCUACAUGAAGCCCACCUUCUGCGACAACUGCUCAGGAUUCCUGUGGGGCGUCAUCAAGCAAGGCUACAGGUGUAAAGACUGCGGCAUGAACUGUCACAGACUGUGCAAGGACCAGGUGGCGUUCGAGUGCAAGAAGAACGCCAAGGGGAGCAGUUCCUCAGCUAGCUCCACCCCAACCACCAUGGGCCCCCUGGGAUCUAAGGGCAGUGAGCAGGGUUCUGAGGAGAGUGCACAGUUCACGUACCCCGCCGAGGAGCCUGCUGACACCGGCGAUCACGCUAAGGACUGCUGCUCCGGCCCAUCCGCUCCCCCCCAGCCGCUGCCCUUCCCCGGUGUACACAAAGGCACCCAGACUGAGGGGCCCCUGGUGACACUGGCCCCGUCCAGCGACCCCAUACGGCCUGAGGUCUCUCUCCUAUCCCCUGGACCCCCCACCCUCACUCCCUGUCCCAGCCCGGUGCCAGUGCGUAAGCGUGCCUACGCGAAGUGGGAGAACCGGGCCUCCACAGUGCAGAAGAGCCAGGACCCCGAGGAGCAGAGCAAGCAGACCCAAGAACAGCUGGAGAAGGAGAACCAAAUGCUACAGAAAAGCAAUGAGGAGCUAAGGCGCAAGCUGAAGGAGGCGCAGCGCGAGGUGGAGAUCCUGAAGACCCUGCUGAAGAGGCAGGCGCUGCACACCGUCGAGGAGGACUCGUCCUCCUAAGCAAGAGUGCCUCCUGGUGGAGCGUCCCCUGCGCCCAGCCGUGCCACUGUGGAGCUCCUCUUGAGGAGGAGUGGGGUGGGAGCUCAGCCCAUGCAGGAGCAAUCGGGGCUGGAUAGAGACAACUUUUCAGAAGACUCUUGAUCUCCUAAACUCCUCCCACUCUGGGACAGCCAAUUACACAAGGGGGCAGAGCUCAUUCUGCUCAAGGGUGCAGCCACUCACAGCAAGAGGCUCAUGUGUCACCAUCGUUAGCCACACCCACUGCCUCAUUGGUCCCCUAUUUGAAGCACUUCCUCUGCCCCUUUGUGAAUGAGUCACCUGUACAAUGUGGCCACGGCUGUACAGUUCCAGGCUGCAGAACCACUGCCAGCAGCUUCAGUGUUGUGUCUCUGUUGUCUCGUCUCUCCUGGUCCCUGCAAAUCCGUUUGCAGGACCGCGGCUGCCCAUUGGCUGUGUACAUAUACCAGUGCAUGCAUAGGACUGCUUACUUUCGAUAUUUAUUUGGAAAACACUACGAGAGAGCCUAGCUCAUAGCAGUGAACAGCACAAUACGAAGCAUCCUCGACAUUAGUGUACUACAUUUCAUAACUCACAGAACUUCCUAACUGCAUUCUGUUUUUGUCUACUAUUUAUGGUAUAUCGUUUGCAUAUACAUAUGGGUGCACAACAAUGAUAUUGGGUUACGAAGAUGGCAGUUGUGCGAUGCAGUUGGAAUGCAGCAUGUAAAUAUUUCUCUUGUACAUACCCGUUGUGUUAUCGCAUUAGAUUUCCUGUUUCUCGAUCUCGGUCUAUUUUAAUCUGUGUUGUUUAUCACUGAGCAUUGCUACUGUUAUCUACCAAGUAAUAAAGAAGCACUAUUGUAAAAGUAA